GAGAGAGAGGUGAACAACCUGAAGAUGUUGGCUCUGAGGCUGUUUGUUCUGUUGGGACUGACCUGGACGUGUCAAGCUGCGUCUGCUGAUCCGUGGGGUCAGUGUCCAGUCAAAAGAAAGUGUAAGGACAAGUUUGGAGACGGGUCAUGUGACAAAGAUUGUACGGAGCCCGAGUGUCUCAGAGACGGCUUCGACUGCCUGAAGGACAGGGGCCACUGCAAUCCGGGCCACAUCCAGUACUGCCGCGACCACUACGCCAACUCCCACUGCGAGCAGGGAUGCGACAGCGCCGCCUGUGGAUGGGACGGCAGCGACUGCUUCACACACCAGAGCCCCCUGUGGGCCAAAGGCACCCUGGUCCUUCACGCCAGCCUCCCACAACAACGUGGAGCCUUCUCCAACAGCUCCCUGCUCUGGGCGCUCAGUGUCCUUCUCCAGUCGCCGCUCAGACUGAGAGGGUCCGCUCCUCUCUCCACUGACAGGAACUUGUUUGACUUCGACGUCCAGCAGCUCGCCAACCUGCUGGCUCAGGCGUCUGCGGCUGACUCGAAUGGAUGCCUCCUUUUCCUCCAAGUGGACAACAGGCCGUGCUCCCGUCUGCUCUCUACCUGUUUCCCCUAUGCCACCGAGGCGGCCAGUUUCCUGCGUGCCGUAAUGUUGCUGAAGCCUGGCUUGUUCCCCACCCUCCCGGAGCUGAAGGCCGUCGUCAGUAUUAGGGGUGUCCGAGAGGAAAUAGGAAGCAGAGAGGAGGAAACGGUGAAAGAGGAAGUCAAAGAGCCGAACCCUGCAUGGCUAUGGGCCGUGAUUGCCGUAGCGAUUGGCCUGCUGCUGGUGCUCGCCCUGGUGGCGUUCCUGGUGGUGAGGAGGGUGAGGCAGCAGCGGGCGCUAAGGGAAGGCGGUAACAGGGUGAGACACCGGUCCACGGUCACAGACAAUGACCCCAAAUCCAAGGCGGCCUUGGCGCCGCACGCAGCCAACCAAGAGCAGAGGGUCAGAUCCAGCAGAGACAAAGAGAAGAUCAGCUUGAGGAAAAAGAAGAAAGCGAAGGAGGCAGAGAAAAAGAGAAGGAGGGAACCGCUGGGGGAGGACGCCAUUCGGAUGCGACCCCUCAAAAGGGACCAGGAUAUAGGAAGCGACACAGACUUUACCCAGAGUUCAAUGGAAGACAUCAACGCGAGAUGCUCCAGGCGACAAGAGGACACCUCCAUCUGUGACCACAGGAGCCAGGAGCAGAAACACUACCGGGCUGGAGCCUCACAGCCCCGCAGACCUGUACAACCUCCACCUAGAGGAUGGGAGAGAAACGCCAUUCCUCCUCCUCUACUCAGUCCUCCCCAGCAGUCGGCAGAGUGGUGUGGCCCGGAUGGCUCCGUGGUUCUGAUCCGAGCGGUGCGUAGCGGGCUGGACAGAGUGGUCUUGGAGCUGCUGCGAGCGGGAGUGCCGGUCAACAACACUGAUCAUACUGGGAGAUCAGCCCUGCACUGGGCAUGCUCAGUAAACCAUCUCACCCUAACACGGACCCUCAUUCGCUACGGGUCGGCCGUGGACCUGCAAGACAACAAGGGCGAGACGGCGCUCUUCCUCUCCGCCCUCCAUGGUUGCUAUGAUACGACCAGACUUCUCCUCCUUCACGGCGCCAACCUUGAGCUGCACGAUCGGAGAGGACGUCGUCCGACCGACGUGGCCAGGGAGGGCAUUCACCACCAGAUCCUGGAACUCCUGUUGGCUCACCAAAUUCAGAGGGGGCCCGUUCCCGUCGACUCGGCCAAUGACAUGCUGUGGGAGGAGCGCGCUCUGAUGUACUCGCCGUGGGUCGGAUCUCAGGGAAUGCCCGGAAGAAGUGCCUCCUUCUCUGGGAUCAUAGCGCAUCGAGAUAUGACGCCACCUCCACAAAAUGAUUGGUCGAUGAGCCGGGUGCAGUACCCCUCCCCUCAGAACUGGCGACCGCAGCUCAACCAAUCAGCAACAGCGCUGGUCCCACCGAGAGUCAUGGGCCGCUCCCCUCGGCCAAUCAGCACCUUGCAGGAGGUGACCUCGGAAGACGAGGAUCGUGAUAGGCAUCAGGAAGUCCCCAGAGCUGCAACGCCUCACUUCCUGUCGCCUCAGCCUGCCCCUCGGCAGCGUUCCUUUUCCUGCACCCAGCAUGCAUUGCAGCGCCACUCCAGUGUCCACCAGCCAGAGCCCAAUUAUGUUAUUGUGACAGACAGAACAGCCAAUGAGCCCAUAGAAAGAGUGGUUGUUUCACCUCCCACAGAUGCUGCCGCCCAAUCGGAUCGCCGGCCAGUUGUGAUUGGCGACAAUCCCAGUAGAGCAGAGCAAGCAGCGGCGAGUUCAACAAAUUCAGAGCAGAAAUACAGAGGUGAGAGGUCAAACAUCAUAUCGGACUCCACACAAACAGCCUUGUAGAGAAACCAGUAACACAACUUCAGCUGCCUUUCCAUUCAUCCCAAAAGAAGAGCAUCGAAGAACGUGAGAUAAUGACUUUCAAUGAAGCUAUAUUGAGAUCUUAAUUAUUAUUCAAUACGCAUCUGAUGGGUGUGGCCUGAUAGAAUUCAAACACAGCAGCCCCUCCCCAGUUUUCACUCAGCCUGACCUAAAUUAUUAUUGUUAUAUUUUUUACUAAGGGGGUUUAAUGUCCUUUGUAAAUUUUCUGUCAAAUAGUUAAUAAAGCAACAUGUCUGAGAUGCCAUGUGAUGAAGGCCACAGUCACGCUGAAGCUGCCACAUCUUGUGAAUCUUGUUGCCAGAUAUUGUAAUAUAUUCACAUUGUCUUGACAUCUAAUGGGUUGUAUUCUGAUUAUUCCGGAAACAUUCAAAGAGAAAUGAUUAAAAAGGAAACAUGUGCAUGGUUGCACAAAGAUGUCAGGAUCCUGCUGAUUCAUGCAAUAAAGUGACGUUUCAUGCUAA